AUGGCUUUGAGCUCGGUCUCCAACCCGAGCAGCACACACUUCCGACGAAACCUCUCAGGAGCCAGCCGCACUGCCCUCCCUUCGAAACCCAUGUCAGCCAGGUACGGGUCCGACGCCAGUCAGCGUCUGCGGGUCAACUCGCCCCCUUCCGAGGACGAGGAAAUGCAAGACGCAGCAGACUCACCCCGUUCGACCAGGGACGCCAAGUUCUUCCGCAGCCCCAACCCUUCAUCUGCCCUUCCCCAACCUCUGAGCCCGGCUUCGAUAGCCAUGGGAAGCCCACGACAAGAUGUUGUCAUGGAAGGAGCCUCAACUUCCGCGUCCGCCCCCGCUCCCGCUCCCGCCCCUCCCCAGAGUCAGUCCGGUCAAGUAUGCAGCAACUGUGGCACCACGAGAACGCCGCUCUGGAGGAGAUCGCCACAAGGAUCUACGAUCUGUAAUGCGUGUGGUUUAUAUCUGAAGGCUAGGAAUUCGGCUCGUCCGACCAACUUGAAACGUCCGCCCAAUGUCGUGGCCAGCAGCAGCAAGAAGUCCCUGGAGAAGACAUCGUCCAAACUAGCCACGCAGGGGAGCUCGAGCUCUUCAGCCACCUAUGUCUCUGCCGAUCAAAUGCCUACAGGGACAUGUCCUGGCGGCGGCCGUUGCAACGGCACCGGCGGAGCCGAAGGCUGCAGUGGAUGCCCGGCCUUCAACAAUCGAGUGUCCAAAGCCGCAAGUCUCAGCGUGUUACAGAACCAGAAGAUGGCCUCCUCGUCCAGGUGCGCCAGAGAACCUGCUGCGGAUGAACCAAUCCCCAUCGAUGUGGCCGCUCUCCAGAACCAAGACCAAAACACGACUGUUGUCGUCGCUUGCCAAAACUGUGGCACGACUAUCACUCCUCUGUGGAGGAGAGAUGAGAGCGGCCACACGAUCUGUAAUGCCUGUGGUUUGUACUAUAAAUUGCACGGAGUCCACCGACCGGUAACGAUGAAGAAAUCGAUCAUCAAGCGGAGGAAACGAGUCAUUCCGGCCACUCAGGGCACGUCACCAGGCGAUGACUAUGCCAGCUCAGCCGGAGGCGGGAACAGCCCGACCCCAGAAGCCAGUCCCGAGCCCAUGCCAGAGCGGGGUACUCUAAAUGCCGAUGGCUCGGUGAACUUGGGUUUCAGGCGUCGACAAGAGCAAGGCUUGACUCUGGUCCCUGAGCCAGUCCUGCGCCAGAGCAAGCAGUCCUCGCCCCGACCGACCGGCACUUUGGAGCAAUACCACAACAACCCGUACCCGCACCCGCACGACAUCUCCAACUCGCUGACCAACGACAAUCGCCUUCCACCGCUGACGUCUUUGGGCUUUGGCACGGAGAGGCAGUCUUCACUGUCCCCAGCCUCUUUCCUCUCGCCCUCCCGCAAGCGGUCCUUCUCCUCUGCCGAUCACGAGCUACCGCCUCCUCAAGGAGGCGAUGACCACUCGCAAAGACUGUCGUCCAUCAAGUCGAUCCUCAACAGCGUGCCGCCCAGCACCGAGGCCCCCGGACGCCACAUGACGGGCUCGCCUGCCACGCGGCACGACUUCUUCGCCGGCCGCGGUGGCAGCCCCUUGCCGCCACUCGUCGGCGGACCGAGCGCCAGUGGCAGGGACAGCAGCAGUCACGAGAAUGAACGGAUCAAGGCCGAGAAGCGCAGCGUGCUGCAGCGCGAGGCGGAGCGGAUGCGCGAGAUGCUGGCGGCCAAGGAGCGCGAGCUGGCUGAGCUGGGCCGGGAUUAA